AAAAAAUUCAGUCGAUAAACUCGUGGAAAAUUGAAAACUUGUGUUUAAAUCGGUUAACAAAUAAUAUUGGAUAUCUCAACAGGGAGAUAAGGUGCUUUAAAGGAAUACAAGAUCACCAAAAUCUAUGCAAGACUCAAGUCAGCAUAAUGUUCGCUACAAAAUGAUGAGAUAACAGAAAAUUUCUCAAAAAAUAAAAAAAAAAUCAUCAAACGAAACCGAAGCGAAGAAAAAGAUGAAAUUUCUAGAAAUUUCAUUAAUUUCAUGUGAAUGUAUGAAUGUUAGCAAUAAAAUGCAGAAAUACAAAAGAUGAAAUGUACUCAAUAGACGUCUAUUUGAGUUGACAUUCAUCCGGUGGUGUAAUAUAGAAAGAGACACAUAAGUUAUGAUGCGAAUAAAAAAAUAACAUGGAGAAUUCAAAAUAAAAAAAUAUAAAAAAAAAACUUGAAAGAAAUAUAAAAAGAAAAAAAAAUAUAGUUCAGAGUAUAUACACACAUAAAGAGUGCUAUUUGUGCAAAUGUAAAGUGUCAUAAUACAACAUAAGAAUAUAUAUAUAUGCAUUGAAACGAACGAUAAAGCAAUUUGCACUAGCAAAAUAAAUUUAAAAAAAAAUUGUAGCAAAAAAAGCAGUGGAAAAAAAUUUUUAUACUCACGCAAAAAAAAAAAUAUAAAUUAAAUAAGCAAAAAAAAGGAAUAGUGAAUUAAAUUAAUUUAGUGAAUCGAAAAAUUUAAAAAAAAGUUUUAAAAAAAUGGAAAAAUCAAAAAGGAUGAAUUCAAAUAUAGAUAACAUACAAUGGCGAGUGCCAUCUGUAGGUGCUCUUCUAGUAGUACUAGUAUUCUUGCCACAUCUUUUUAGCAAAGUACCAUAUGUGAAUGCGGGGAGUGGCUCUAGCGGAAGUAUGUUAGGCGAUGUUAAUAUAUCAGCAAUUUUAGAUUCAUUCAGUGUUAGCUAUGAUAAAAGAGUAAGGCCCAAUUAUGGAGGCGAGCCAGUUAAUGUUGGCGUUACGAUGUAUGUCCUCAGCAUCAGCUCACUGUCAGAAGUUAAAAUGGACUUUACGUUGGAUUUUUACUUUCGUCAAUUUUGGACAGAUCCAAGAUUAGCUUAUAGAAAGAGGCCUGGAGUCGAGCAACUAUCUGUUGGUUCUGACUUCGUUAAAAGUAUUUGGGUGCCGGAUACGUUCUUUGUUAAUGAAAAACAGUCUUACUUUCAUAUAGCUACAACUAGUAAUGAGUUUAUUAGAGUUCACCAUUCAGGUGCAAUCACUAGAAGUAUGCGAUUAACAAUUACAGCCUCAUGUCCAAUGAAUUUACAAUACUUUCCUAUGGAUCGACAAUUGUGUCAUAUCGAAAUCGAAAGUUUCGGAUAUACAAUGAGAGAUAUCCGCUAUAAAUGGAAUGAAGGUCCUAAUUCCGUUGGAGUAUCAGAAGAUGUAUCUCUACCACAAUUUAAGGUAUUGGGACAUCGCCAACGAGCUAUGGAAAUCAGUCUCACAACAGGAAAUUAUUCGCGCUUAGCUUGUGAAAUCCAGUUUGUUAGAUCAAUGGGUUAUUAUCUAAUUCAAAUUUAUAUUCCAUCUGGAUUAAUUGUAAUCAUAUCGUGGGUAUCAUUUUGGCUCAAUCGAAAUGCAACGCCGGCUCGAGUAGCUCUCGGUGUAACAACUGUAUUGACAAUGACAACACUUAUGUCGUCCACAAAUGCUGCCUUGCCCAAAAUAUCAUACGUUAAAUCGAUUGACGUUUAUUUGGGUACAUGUUUCGUCAUGGUGUUUGCCAGUUUGCUCGAAUAUGCUACGGUCGGUUACAUGGCUAAGCGAAUACAAAUGAGAAAGCAACGCUUCAUGGCUAUUCAGAAAAUUGCCGAGCAAAAGAAGAUCCAAGUGGAUAAUGCACAACAACAAAAUAAUCCACCAAGUAGCGGAGGUCCACCAAGCGUUGUAGGUCCACCAAGUGAGCAUUCUCAUUCGCAUGGUCACAGCCAUUCACAUCAUCCACACGUACCAAAGCAACAGAUGGGAAUGAAUCGCGGUCCACCUGGUAUGUCAACAUUACAAGGUAAUGUUGUUGGUUCAAGAGGCUGUUCUAUAGUUGGACCCUUAUUUCAAGAAGUUCGCUUCAAAGUGCACGAUCCGAAAGCGCAUUCAAAAGGUGGAACACUUGAGAAUACAAUUAAUGGUGGUCGUGGUCAACAGCCACCUCCAAGUCAACCAUCACAAGGUGGUGACGAAGAAACGGGAGGAGGAGGUGGUGGUCCACCACAGCAUUUAAUUCAUCCAGGGAAAAAUAUCAACACACUACUGGGUAUAACUCCUUCCGAUAUCGAUAAAUAUUCACGAAUUGUGUUCCCCGUUUGUUUUGUAUGUUUCAAUUUAAUGUAUUGGAUAAUUUAUUUACAUGUUAGUGAUGUUGUAGCCGAUGAUUUAGUAUUACUCGGUGAAGAUAAGUAGGAAAACUUAGUAGGACCCAUAUCAAUAAAUCACACUAUACCCGAAUACGAUUAUGAAACGUAUACAACUUUAUUAUGGAAGAUUGUUACAAUAUUUAUGAUUAUGAUUACAUAUUUACACGUUUACGUAAAGAAGCAAAAAACCCAUUUUUCAUUGAUUCCAUUCCGUUCAUUUGUAACAACAAAAUAUCUUAAGUUUUAAUGCCUGCCUUUAAAAAAACGACUUAGAAUAAAAUAAUGAAAUACUUAAAAAAAAUACCACAAUUGAAUUAAAAAAAGAAAUUUAUAAAAAUAGAGAAAAAAAAAUUGCUAAAAAGACGAUAACUUAAGUAAAUUAAAUGAGACAGCACACAGAAAAAACAAAACACACACUGCAUAUAAUUUUUUUUAUUUAAUUUCUUUCCUAUAAUAAGAUUUUUAUAUUCUCAACAAAAUAAAUAAAAACAGUCUCACAGUCACACACUCACACUAUGUGAGACGUUCUUUCGUUCCAUGAAUUGAUAUUUAGAUGCAAAAUCAUCCAUUCGAAUAUUCCAAAAUCUAAUAGGAAUAUAAUCUUGUUGUAGUGAAAAAAAAAAUGAAGUAAAUGAAAAAUAAUUCUUUUUAUUAUUAUUCUGAGUAUUUAAUAUUUAUAAUGAAGAAAUGAAGAAGAAUAAUCCUCACUAUAAAAAAAAGUUGAAUUAUAUUCACCCUCCCACAAUCACACGAGAAACACACAAUGACACCCAACAUAAGUUGAAAAAAAAGCUCAUAUCGUUUUUAAAAAAAAUUCUAAUUCUCACAAAAUCUGGCACUCACUUGAUUUUUUGCCUCCUUUUUACUUUUUCGAAAAAAAAAAAUGUUUUACACGCGAAAUAACGACGACAAGUCGAUGAGUCAUCAAUCGGUAUGAUGACUAAAGCGCAUUUUUGCUGAUCUAAUUUCAAAUUUCGAAUAACUGCCAAAAAAUGUUCGAAAAAUAUUUUCACGCCGCAAAAACUCAAAUUCAACCGAAAAUUUGAAAUUGAGCUUCAUGAGCUUCUAAAGGUUGUUGCCAUUAAAUAAAUUAAUUUCCCCCCAAUUUUCAAACUCAAAGGUUAAUCUCCGAAAUGGCAAGAGUCAGACACAAAAGGAUCUGAAGAUUAAAAGAACUUUUAAGCUUCCACUUAUGACACGAACAUUAUUAUAAUCAACAAGUCAUGCGAAGCGAUAAAAAGAACGCAAUAUAUUCAGCAAAAAUGCGCUAGAAAAAAAUAUCUGGGACAUGAAUCGACUUUUUAGGACGAAAUAUACACAACAAAAAAAGAAACAGCACAUAUAAGAGAAAUUAAAUUAAAGAAGAAACAAAAAAAAAUGUAUUGUACUUUACUUAAAUGAAGAAAGCUUCUUCGGUCAUUUAUGUGAGUCGCUUUCAAUUCCAUUUUGAUAAUUACUUCAUGCUUCCGAAACAUAAAUGCCAAAUUACUAACGUGAAUCUUAAUAUAAUUGUAAGUCGAAAAACAAAAGAAGAAAAACAAAAAAAAAUAUAAUAAAAAUCGGAAAUUUAUAAAUUUCUUCUAUCUUUCUAUCUCUAUCACUAUCUAUCUGCGAUAAUUUAUUUAUACUUGUUGUUAUUGUUAUCUCCGUUUCUUGUUUCAUUUCCACUUCUUUUUCUUCCUGUUGCAACAAUUAUCUCCUUUUAAAUGCUUUGCUAUUAAAUGUAGAAUGCAAAAAAAAGGAAGGAGAAUAAAAUUGAUAAAAAAAUGAUAAGCAAAUAAUGACAUUAAAAAUUGUUUUCUCUUUGACAUGAAAUGGUAAAAAAUUUAUUUAUAGAUAAAUGUCCUCCUCUGUUUCUAUAUUCCCCUCCUCAAAAAAGUGAAAAUAUAUUCUAUACAAUUUCGUUAUUGUUGUUAUGUUACUAAAUUUAUUUAAAAGUUUAUAUUGAAACAAAAAACUAUAUUAAAAUGUAUAUGCGAGAUAUGUAACAUGUCACAAUCUAUAUUUAUAAUCACACCCCGUACGAUGAUGACAAGAGACUUUUUUGUUCCUCUUUACCCUAUCUCUAUUGGUUGUUUAAUAUGCACAUGAUUUUUUGUGGCUAGAGAUUCUAAAAUGUUGAGUUGUGUGGGAUUUUUUAAAAAGAAAGAAAUUUCGAAAAGUUUUGAAGGGUUUUUGUUGAAAGUUGAAAAUUUUAUUUGGUUUUUAAAACACUGCAUCGUGGCUUGAGUCAAACUAGGAGCUUCUUUUCAAGAAUCUGAGAGUUAUUUCUAUAAUUCUUUUCAAAGUAAAUAAUGUUUGGCAAAAAAACAAUAAUUUUGAGGUUAUCUCACAUGACACAUGACUUUUAAAGAAGCUUGUUCCCAGUUCCACACAGAAUGCAACUUUUAAACUAUCCAAACAUCAAUGGUGAUUUUACACUUGGAAUUCAAGUCAAGAUAGAAUUUUCUUUAAUUUUUCUAAAAUUGUUCAAAUCAAACUACUUUAACAAUCCUUCAAAAGGGCUUUCUAGACCCAUUCUGUAUAAGCUGUUUAUAAUAGACAAUCUCAACCCCACUCUCACCCAAUUCAAAUAAUAAAGAAAAAAAUCCUCUUAAGAAUCUCCUCAGAAUUAUAAGCAAAAUUUGUCAAAUCAUCUUCUCAAACGAACGAUCUAAACUGUAUAAGAAAAAUAAAAAUCUCGACACUCAACGUCUAGAAUCUCUACACACCUAGCUUAAAAAAAAGCUUAUAAAGCGUCAUUGUUUUCUUCUUGAAAAAUCAAAAUAAUGAAAGUAAUUCUAAAAAAGCCAUAUUUGAUGUGCAGAUAAUGAUGAUAUUUAGGUUCACUCCCAUUCUUCUAUUAUUCAAUUUAAAACCCUUUUUUUCCACUGUCCUGAACAACUUGAACUUGAUAUUUAUUUUUAUCAACCUCUUUUCUAUCUAUUCAUCUCCCUACCUUUCUCAAUUCUUUUACAUUUGACGUCAUUGUGAUGAUGUUAUUAAUUCUAGAUGUAUCUAUCCAAGCCUCGUACUCUUUUUUUUGCUUUAAAUUUAUUAUAAAAUCGAUACACAAUUUACAUGACAACACAUCGACACACACGAUUGAGAAUUUAAUUGAUUAAUCAAAUUAUAAAAAUAAACUUUUUUUUCCACUUCUUAGUCUCCAUUUCUCUGCUUCCUAUAUCCUCUCGUUCGCUCAAUCCUCAUGCCUCGAAAGAUCGAGGCAAACAUUUUAUAGCUUUUCUUUCACUUCAGUUGAGAUUGAUUUUGUAAUAUGAAGGAUGUUCAUAGGAUAUUUUAAGGUUGUUUCGUAAAAAAUAAAAUCUCAUUUAAAUUUUGUUGAUGGAAUCAAAACGAGAUAAGAAAGAGGAGAAAAAAUUUCAUUUAAAACUUUGAAGUGGAAAAGUCUUCAUAAUUUUAUUGUUUUCCAUCUCUCGCACCAUUAUCUGAUGAAAUAUUUUCAUUCGAUUCCUUCAGUUAAACUUUCUUUCAACGUUCCGUUGUUAUGUGUCCUCUGCAAGCCAAAUGACUGUUGAGAGAAUUUCUAAGGCUCUUCUGCUCUAUUCUUGGACAAUUUGUAAUGAUUAAUUUCAAAAAAAAAUCUGAAUGAGUAGUCUCGUUUAGAUAAAGAGAUGUCAUGUUUUCAUAUCGCAAGUAUCAUUUUAAUGUCUGUCAGGUCAGACAAGGGUUAAUGAUAUAUAAAUAGGUGUAGACCUCCCAAGAAGAUGAAGUCAUGAGAGUUGAUUGCUCUCCAAUUUCUAGAGGUUUGUUGUCUGACGGAAGUUUAUUGCAAUCAUUUCAACCACAUGGGGUGCUUUCCUUAAAACAGAUCGUAUUCCAUAAUUGGAAUAUUAAAUUAGACAAAAUAACGGAAGUAUCAGUGCGACGAGCUAUUUUGCAUUAAAAAUAUAAAACGGAUGUACAAUCUCAUAAAUUUCUGAGCUGUAGAGGUCUAAUAACUAUCUUAACAGGGGCACAUGAGGGCCCAUAAUGCGGAAAUAAAUAUUUUGAAUCUAACAUAAUACUAAGAUUCAUCCCGGUUCGAAAAAAGUAUCAACCAACUCCAUUCUGUCAUUAAUUCAUUUACUAUUUUUGAUUUUUAUAAAGAACUUCUAUAAUAAAAUAAGUCCUAUGUACCGAAAUAAGUGAUCCAGUACAUCAAACUGACAGAAUCUAAACAGUAGAACAAAACAACGUUUAGAAUAUCUUCAAAGUCAUUUGGUAUCGGAGUUAAAUGUCACAAAUGGAUCAACAGUAAACAUUUUACAUUCAAUCUUAGAUUAAUUUAGUAAUCGUCUGAUUUUUGUACAUUCAUAGACAAAAUUUUGAAUGUAAAGUGCUACAAUUUAAUGAUUUUUAUGUCAAUCAAAGUCAUAAUCAGUUAGUUAAAACCUUGCCAUAGUCAUCAAGUUGAUUAGCUGACAUGUCAAUUUGAUUGAACACAUUUGUGACAUUGAACUGAGGACCCUAAUUAAGUUAAGACAAUUUUUUUAAAUUAAAAUUUAUUUAAAAUAAGAUAUAAAGAUGAUAUAUACAAAGCAUGUGAUAGAAAAAUAAUUAAAAAAAUUGAUUUAAUACAAAAAAUAAAUGAAAAUAAAUAAGCAUGUAGUCGCCAGUGAAUUUUAAAAUAAAAUAAGUAUAAAAAUAAUUCUUUAAAAAAGAGGAAUAUCAAAGAAGAAGUUAUAAUAACUAAAAAAAAUUCUAAAGUUGAUAAAAACACACACACAAAAAAAAUCUUUUUAAAGAAAUUAAAGUGAAAAUUAUCACGAAAAAAAAGUUUUUAUUAUCGAUUUUUGUUCAUUUCAAAUUCAGUUCACAUCUUUUUUUUCGUAUAUUCGACGCCAUCGCACAUACACGAUUCUCUCAAUGUACAAUUUUAUGAUUUUUAUGAUUAUGUUAUUUUCACUUUUCAUAACACACAUAAGAGUGUUGAUAUUUUUAAUGGGUCUCAAAUGAGAUUUAUUAAGGAUUUAUAUUACCACAAACAAACAAAAAAAAUGAAAUAAGAUUAAAGCACAAGAGAGUUGUUAAAUUGUCAUAAAUUAUAUAUGAGCAAAAAGUAAUAAAAAAAUGAGAAAACGGCACAAAAAAAACAUGGAAUACAUUCAAAAAAUAAGUUUACCAAGAAAAUCAAAAGAAUUAAGAACAAACUUUUCAUAAAAAGCAGUGCAAGAAUGAAUCAUUACAAUGCAAAUCAUCUAGGAUAAAAAUUUAUUAUCGAAAAAGAAAAAUAAUGAUGAGAUUUUUUGUAAAUAGUAAGGGUUAAUUUUAAAAAUUAUUAGAAAAUCGAAACAAAUAAAGAAGAAUGUUACAUUUAAAAAAAAUCAAGUCUUGAGCACAAUUUAUGGCAAAGAAAAUUAUUAAAAUAAUUGAAGAAAAUGUGUGAUUUAAGUUGUUUAAUUGAGUUAACGAUAUUAACAUUCGUUAAUAAUUCUUCCAAUAUAUUUAAAAAAAAGAUGAGAAUCAUGCAAUAAAAUGCAUUUUAAGCAAGAAACUUUUGGCACGCGUUUUUCUUUCUUCUUCUUCUUCGCUGGCCGUACAGAUCAAUUGUGAUCCAUGGCGUUUUUCUUUACAUUUUAUUUAUACAAAAAAGAAUCUUGUAAAUUAAAUCGUUUUGUCAAUGACAUGGUAAACAUUUUAAGACAAAAUAUACACUUAGUUUCUAAGAGAAAAUGAUCUAAUAUGUCCAGUAAGUAUUCUAUUAUCGGCUUUAGGUCAAUCCAGAUUUGAUAUUCCUAUAAAAGUGUCUUUUGUCUUCUUUGAAAUUUAUAUUCACAUUAUCGAAGUCUGACAAAAUUGACGAAUGGCACAAAACUUGAUUCACAAUUUAAAAACAGUCCAAAUUUGUCAAAGGAACUAUCCAUAAACUACUGGAUGUCGUUAAAAAAUCAAAAAUUAAAUUUUCGGCUGUUUUAAACAGUCUGGAGUAUCCUGACUCUUUUACUGUUUUAAAUAAAAUGCCAUAAAGUCACUUUCACAUUUAAACAUACUUCCUCGUCAUCCCUCUUCAAUGUAAGACAGUCAGUCACAGCAAUUUUCCAGAAAAGAUACAAAUUUCAAAGACUUUUCACUCAUUAACCCCAAAAAUGUCACAUCCUUCAACAGCACCAGUCAAAACAUAAUUUUCAAGAAUAUUUCCGUGUCUGGUCAGUAAACAAAAUUUCAUGCUGAAUGGCAUUUUCAACAGCAGGCAAUUUACACGCAAAAUAUUUCAUAGUGUAACCCAUUACAGUGUCAAUAAAUGUCAUACUAAGUAUGACGACCCAAGUGUUGAUGUCAUAAUUUUCCCGUUUAAAAUCGAUGAAAUUGUCUAAAUAUUGCAAGCAAUUCUCUUUCAGCUUCCUCUCAUAUUUAUUUACACUUCAUACUGCAAUUUUCCUCUUCAUUAACUCUGGAUUGUGCUAUUCAAUGCCCUUAAUAGAAUACCAACCUGUACUCUAUUAUAUAGCUCAAUUAUAGUUUAAUUAUUUAAUACAUGCAAUCAUAAGAACUAUAUAAUCACGAGCAUUAUCAUUUGUGUCAUAAUUAAAAUUUUGCUUGUGUUAUCAUUGAGUCAUGCAUGAAUGGCAAACAAAGCAGCUCACAAAAUUAAUAAGUUAUAUUCCCAUAAUUAAUUAUUUCGUCCAAAAUUUUCAAAAAAAAAAGAUUAAAAUGCGAAAUGUUUCCACCCAUAUUCAUUUUUUAGGUUCCAUUUUUUUAUAUAUACACGAUAAUAUUAAUGAUGAAAACUUAAUCAAAAAAAAUAAUAAAGUAAAAUUUCCUCAACUUUUUGUGGUGAACACACGAAGUUUUUUGAUAGAAAAGAAUCGUUCAUUAACCUUUUCCUAUUUCCUAUUGUUUAAUAAGAAAGUUCUACAAUUAAUCGAGUCAAAGUUAUGUAGUUGAGGAAUAAACAUACACACACAUCCUAACAAAAUAUUAAUGAACAACUUUAUAAUCUGAUCAAACUAAAUUAAAGUUCUUUUUUCUGUUGUGUAAUAAAUUAAUUAAAUUUUCAAGCAUUGUUUCUCAUAAUUUUUUUGUUUUUUGGAUAUUCUCAUGAGACAAUUGUUUGUUUCAAGACGUACUUUUGUGGGUUUUAUAUGUGUGGAAUUUUUGAGAUUUUAAACAUUUUGUAUUUUGAAUACAUAAUAAUCCUUUUUGUGUCCUCAUUUCAAUGUGAAUUAAUGAUGCUGAUGGAAUUGAAACUCGUCUCUUUAGUAGGGUAUUUAAAAUUCUCGAAUUUUUGCGAUGGAAUUUGAAAACAUGACCUUCGAAUGCUUUUAUCAGUGACACAGUUAUUGUGCCGUAUUCAAUAUUUUUUGAGGUCGGUCUGGCAUUUUUAAAUAGUUGUGUCUGAGCACACUGGAAUCUGGGAUAUCAUGUUAUAUGUAGGCGAAUCUGUCAUUGGAAGUAAAGCGAUUAAUCUAAAGAAAGAUAUCAGAAGAAGUAGCUACUAGCUGCGACUCUGUCAAAGUAUACAAUAAAUACUCACAUUGCUAGCAAAUAACAAAUAUUCGAGCGUUCCAAGAACAAAUAAGGAUGCCCUACAUAGGCAUAAAAUACAUUAAGAAUCCCCAAGUGAAUACAGUUGAACAUGUCAUCAAACAAUUCCAUUACCUAUCCCCCAAAAAUUCCUCAAAAGACUUGAAUUUUAAAAGCAUAAUAAAACUUCCUUUCUAUAAAACAUUUAUGAUAGUUAUGACAAUGAGUUAAAAAGCAUAAUGAGUUUAUUUUUGUCUUCAACGAACAGACGACGUCGAGCUGCGAUGACGACAACGACUACAUGAAUGAUAAAAGUAAUGAUUUUGUUAUGAUAGAAAAAAUAUUAAUUCUCUUCUUAUUAUUCAGUUAUGAAUUAUUUUUCAAUGAGAUAUAAUAAAAUGAACAUAAGAAGAAAAAAAAUUUCGGCUGUGAUAAAAAAAUUAAUUUUUUUUUUUGGCAAACAUUCCUCCUACUAUGAAGAAAUAAAAUAAAGAUAUAAAACAGUCUUUAAAAUUGAAUUUAAAAAAUAAGAAUAAGAGAAAUUUUCCUCCUCAUUUCUUCCACUUCCUAUUUUAUUCUAUCCUCCAUCUAUUAUUGUUCUGUCUUCUCUUUCACACAAAUUGAUAUGAUGAAGCAUAUAAUGUCCUACAAAAAAAAAAUAAAAAAAAGUUAUUAGAAAACGUCUUUGAAAAGCAAUACAGAAUGACAUUCGAGACAACAAGACAUUGAACAAUCUAAUCGAAUUUAUAAAAAAAAAAUUAAAAUUUAAAAAAUGAUGAAUAAAACAUAAAAGAAAUUAAAUAAAAAAUUCAAUUUCAAAAACAAAAUGUUUUCAAUCUUUAAAAAUUUUGUGGACAUGAAAAUUUAAUUUUUAAAGCAUUUACAUCCGAAAUUGGCACAAUUUCCAACAGAUGUAAAAGAGAAUAUAAAAUUGGGAGAAAAAAAAAGAAAAAAAUCAAUAAAGUUUAGAUAUUAAGGCAGUAUACACGCAUAAUCCUAGUUUUUGUUGAGUUUACGCCUCAUUCUAAUGUUAAUUUACGGCUUUAGUCUGAAUGUUUUCUCGUUUUUUAAAGGAUUUCAAUUUAUGCUCAUAUAUCUGCUACAUGCAUGGUAGUCGGAAAAUAUUAAACAUGAAAAAUUCGCCUCUAUCUAUCCAAAAUGUAUAAAAUAUAUGAAAUCGUUUAGCAUUGGGGUGGAUGACACAUGUUUUGGAUUCUUUUAGUGGACUUCAUCGAGGUCGAUGUUUUGCAGACGAUUCUAUAGAAAAUUGAUUAAUUUCCAAGCAAUUGAUUUCUUAAAAUAACUCCUAUGGAGUUUUGUUAAAACUGUUUACUACGUGUCUGUUGAACAGUUGGAAUCUUUCCUCAUAACUUAUGUGCAAUAAUCUAUUGAAGAUCUUUCUUUUGAUUUCGUUGUAUAAUUAACCGGAAGGAAGUUAUUCAACAUCUUUCUCAUCUAUUCCUAAGAACAAGCUAGCUUCAAUUAUGAAGUUGGUUGAUUCUGAUACUUUUUCGCGAGUUUCUACUUCUACUACUAGGAUAUAUCACUGAAUAUACUUAACAAUAAGAGCAAUCCCUAGUAUCUAGGGAAAUAUGAUAAGAAACUAGAAUAGAGGUAGUUAAACGAAUAGAUUUACAAGUUUACAACCUUGUAGCAAGUAAGACUAACUUAAGAAGGGCUUAGUAAAUUAAUAAGAUAACUUAGUAAAGGUUCUUAAAGUAGAGAUCAACAAAUAUUUAUAACAGAAAAUAUCGCAAAUUUGAUCUUGAACUUGAAACUAGCCAAGUUGAGAACCUUAAGCUUCUUUAUCGCUCCUUUUAAAAAUUUAUCUAACAAAUUUUAAAGAACUUAGACAAAAUCUCAUGAAGCCACAAAAACAAUCCACAAAUUGAGUCGCCAACCCAUAAUCGUUAUAAAUUCUAACAUAUUUUUGCCCAUUUUCAAUUUCGUACAGAGAAACGUUGAACAUAUAUAUUAUUUGAACUCUAUAAAUAUCCGCAUUAUCAUGUGGAUCGUAUAAUAUAAAUAAAAUGAGAAAAAAUCGAAAAGAAACGAUAUUAUGCAUAAUGCAUACGUAAAUUCUAAAGUGUAUGUAAAUUAGGAAACUUUUUUUUAGAGAUUAGUGAAAAAAAGUAAAUUAAAAUAAUGGCGAUGUCAAAAAAAAGCUCAAGAAUGAUAGUCAAAAAAAAGCAGAAAACACACAAAAAAUUGCUUAAUUUAAGUCUAUAUAAAAUGUAACAUAUUAAUCCUAUACAACAAAUCUUAUGCAGCAGAGGUACUGCAACAUUUUAACUUACACGGAUGCUUUUGAAUCCACAUUCUAAAUCAAAAUGAGAUUAAAUGUGCGUAAAAUGUUGCAGCAUGUCUACCAAUUACACAACUCAAAAAAAAUGAAAGCAUUUUUAAUAAAAAAAAAUGAGAAAAUUUUACUUUCAAAUUUCAAAAACUUUUUCAUACAGUCGAAUCGAAAAAAAAAUGUAUAAAAAAAUUAAUAGACAGAAAAAUGUUUACUCACAAAUAUCCCCUCAAUCACUCAGUCACUCGCAUGACCUCCUCUCCUUCUUUUUCACCACCAUUUUCCUCACAAUAAAUUCUCAUCAUGAAGAUUAAUACCCUUAUAUGACCUCAUAUUGUUCAUGCAUCAUUUUAAUAAAUAUUUUCAACUUUAUGUGGAAGUUUGUCAGAUUUUUUUUUAUUGGCGAGACAUGGAUGAUUAGCUUCAAGAUCAAAAGUGUUAGGUUUUGAAAUUGUAUAUCGUUAAAAUCUGAAAAGUAAAUCAUCAAAAAAUCUGACAAAAUUCAUCACAAGGAUGAAAAAAAAUUAAUGUUAUCUGAACAAUAUGAGCCACAAAUAAGGGUCGAAAGGAUUAACUUAAUUAGAUUACUAUAUCCUGCAAUUAGAUAAACUUAGGAUUUAUUUUCAACAAGAAAAUGGAAAAACUCGAGGGAAAUUAAGGGUUCGAUAUUCUCGUACGACAUAAAAAAAAUGAAAUAGCAAUCACAUGGUCGCCAUGGGAAAUUUUUUUUACUGUUUACCUACAGGUGACUGCCAUUUCAUUUUCUGUCGCACGAGUGAGCCUUAAAAAAAUACUUUACAUGUAAAUAAUUUUAACAAAAAAAUUUUUUUCUCAAAGAAAAAUUUUAUUUGUGAAAAGCGUCACACACAAAAUAAUAAUAAUAAAAAAAUAGAGUAAAAAAAGAAUCAUAAACACACAAUUGAGAGGAAAUGAUGAAUAAUAUAAUGCAUUUGCGUUGAACUACACAUUAAUUUUUUUAUGCACAUAUUAUAAGAAUGAACAAAAUUAUUCAAAAUGAGGAAUAAGAAAAAAAUGAAAGAAUUAUUGUAUAAAGUUACGUAACUCAAUCGAACGACAAAAUAGCAUUAGUAGAAGUGUAAUUGGACUUACUUUGCAUAAUUUUAAAAUAUAUGAAGAUUUCUGCAUACUUAGUGCAAUGCUUUUUCUAAUUAAUUUACAUAAUGAACUGCCUGUAUACAUACUUUAUGACCCUUAUUUCUAUAAUUAUUUAAAUUUUAGAUUAAUUCCACUAUGCAUGAAGAAUUUUCAAUUCAGAGUUGCUGGUUGGGUUUCAGAAAUAUUCUGAAUUGUAUAAAGCUCAAGUAAGAAUUGGAUGUUCAUAGAUUCAAUAAUAAAAUAUAUGCGAAAUCGAUCAGAUAAACAAGAUUUAUUCUCAUUAAAAUGUUUAAAAUCCGAAUUCUUGUUAAAACUUGAAGUUAAUUCUGACUACUAAAUCUGAUCAAUUCUAAAUGAAUGUUUGAAUCUUUGAAACAAAAAGAUCCAUUUCUUUAGAAUCAAGAUUUCCUUUUGUGAUUUGAUCGAAAUAUAAACAAACGACACAGUGUUGGUUAAAGAUCAUUGACUUAAUAAUCAGAAUAAUGACUGAAAGUAUUAGAAAAUAGUGAAAAGAUUGAAAAACUCUUUCGAAUCAAACAAAACUUAUCAAGAUCAAACCAAAUCUGAAUUUAAAGAAUUUAAAACAUCCAAGAAUUCUAGAUUCAAGAGGAAAAUCAUCAAAUGAGCAAAUACAACACAACCAUCAACUCUGUCCUUCACUAAACUUCUCUGUCGUUCUCUUAAUAACUCUAGUUCUAUAUCUUGUUAAAUUAUUCAAAGAAUUUUGCACCUAUAAGAUUAAAGUUCUCUCUCUUCUCUCACACACACAACUAACAAAACAACUCAUAUAUAAUGAAAUUGAAAUUAAUGCAAGUUAAGAAAAAUGUAGAAGUCUUCGAUAUAUUUAAAAUUAGCCAAGUAUGUCCUGUUUAAUUGUGAAUAUUAAGACAAAAAAAAAACAAAAAAAAUAUUUAAAGAAAUGAAAAAUAAUGUUUCGAUUUUCACGAAAAAAACAAGAAAAAAAACUCACAUAAUUAAUUUGAAAAACACUAAGAAAAAAGACUAAUUAAUAGAUGAAAUGAAAUUAGAACAAAAUGAUAAAGAAAAAAAAAACAUCUAAAAAUUGAAAUAUAUUAUGUAUAGAAAUAUAUAUGAUAAAUAUUUAAUU